UCUCUCUCUCUCUGCUCUGCUGUCCUUCAGUGCUCUGUCACAGCAGCCCCCCCUGCGGCACGCUCCCCUGCUUCUCAAGGCUCACACUACUGGCAAGAUCAAAUACGCAAGAAAACUGGGAUACUGCUGGUGGAAGAGGGUAAAGCAAUAAAGGCAGGUUAAUCCAGCAAACAAACAAAAUAAUUGGAUAACACUCUGCCCUGGCUCACAGGAGAAGCAGUCUGCAGCAUUUUGAAGAACCAGCGCUUGUCUGCAAUACAACAGUAAAGAGGUAACCAUGCGCUCUCGUAUUAACAGCAUGGAGAAUCCUGUGAAGAUGAAGCGUACCCAGCAUCGCGCUUGCUCCAGACGCAGGAACUCUGACUGCGAGGACACUGCCAGCAGUGAGACAGGGAGAGCCAAACGGACAGUCAGGGAGAAGGACUCCUCAGAGGACACCGGGACUGUCCUGAGGAACCACAAGAGAGGAGCUGGGCGGAGCCACAAGGCAGGGGGUGUGGCUACAGGGAAGGGCAGGGAUCUCCCCCGGGAUGACCUGCUCUUUCUGCUCAGCAUGCAGGAGGGGGAGCUCCAGGCUCGCGAUGAGGUCAUCACUGUCCUCAAAGCGCAGAAGAUCGACUUGGCUCUGCUAGAAGCCCAGUACGGCUUUGUGACCCCACAGAAUGUCUUGCAGGCCCUCCAGAGAGAUGCCAUCCAGGGGAGGGCCACACAGUGGCAGGAAGACAUUUACGAGAAGCCUGUGGCUGAGUUAGACAAGGUGGUGGAGAAGCAGAAGGAGACAUACCGACGCAUGUUAGAGCAGCUGCUCCUUGUUGAGAAGUCCCACAAGAAAACCAUCUAUGAGCUGGAGGACGAGAAGAGGAAGCACACAGAGUACAUGCAGAAGAGCGACGAAUUCACCACCCUGCUGGAACAGGAGUGCGAGAGAUUGAAGCUGCUUAUUGAACAGGAGAAAACCUACCAGGCACGAAAGGAGAAAGAGAACAACAAGAACGUGGGCAAGCUAAAGGAGGAGCUGACCAAGCUGAAAUCCUUUGCUCUUCUGGUGGUGGACGAGCAGCAGAGACUUUCCGAGCAGCUCACACAGCAGAGCAGCAAGGUCCAGGAACUAACAGCCAGCACUGCCCAGGCCCAGGAGAAGCUGAGUGCUGCCCAAGCCAGGGCACAGGAAGAAGAGCAUAAAGUCUACUGUCUGGAGGCUGAGCUUCAAGACCAAGCCAACCACUUCUAUCAGGAGAAGGAGGCCAUGACUGCCAAGUUGACCAAUGAGGAAGCCCAGAACCGGCAGCUCAAACAGAAGCUGGCCACUCUGAGCAGGCAGAUUGAUGAGCUGGAGGAGACCAACAAGACACUGAGGAAAACAGAGGAGGAACUCCAGGACCUGAAGGACAAGAUCAACAGGGGAGAGUGUGGUAACUCCAGCAUGAUGUCCGAGGUGGAGGAGCUGAGGAAGAGAGUUCUCGAGAUGGAAGGGAAGGAUGAGGAACUCAUCAAGAUGGAGGACCAGUGCCAGGACCUCAAUAGAAAGCUGGAGAAAGAGUUUGGACAAAGCCGGAGUUUGAAGGGUGAGGUGGACAAGCUGAAUCGCAGGAUCAUGGAGCUUGAAAAGCUGGAAGAUGCUUUUGGUAAGAGCAAGCAAGAAUGUGGCUCGCUCAAGUGCAACCUGGAGAAAGAGAGGGCAGUGACCAAGCAGCUGUCUAAUGAGUUGGACUCUUUAAAGGUGAGAAUCAGGGAGCUGGAGGCCAUUGAAUCCCAGCUGGAGAAGACAGAACUUACACUGAAAGAGGACCUCAACAAGCUAAAGACACUGACAGUCAUGCUAGUUGAUGAAAGGAAAUCCAUGGCAGAGAGGCUGAAGCAGACAGAGGAGAAGCUCCAUUGUGCCACAGGAAAGUUGCAGACAGAACAAAAGAAGGUGACAUCAGUGACUGAGAAGCUAAUUGAAGAGAGCAAGAAAGCCCUGAAGUCCAAGGCAGAGCUUGAGGAGAAGAUGUAUAGUUCUAUCAAGGACAGAGAUGAGCUGAUAUCCAAACUAAAGGCAGAGGAGCAAAGGGGAAAUGACUUGCAGUCCAAGGUUACAAUGAUGAAAAAGAGGAUGCAGUCCUUGGAAGCCAUGGAAAGGGAGUCUUUGAGGAACAAGGCCAAACAGGAGCACAUGAAGGUUCCUUCUGGCACCAGCUUAGACAAAAAUGACAAUAAAGUCAAAGAUCUAACACAGGAGGUGGAAAGGCUGAGGCGUAAGCUGAAGGAGAUGAGAGCUGUGGAAGAUGACCAGGUGAAAACAGAAGAUAACUUUGAAUCUCUGGAAAAGAGGUACACCAAUGAGCACGACAGGGCAAAUACCCUAAUUGAGGAGCUGGAAGCCUCGAGACAGGAGUUAUCUAAAUACCAGCUAGCAGAGAAGGCAGAGUCUAACCAGGAGCACAUACUCUACAAACGGCUGAAAGAAGAGGAGGCCAAGUCCAGUCACCUCACAAGAGAAGUUGAAGCUCUGAAAGAAAAGAUACACGAGUACAUGACAACUGAGGACUCAAUCUGCCAGCUGAGAGGGCAGCAAGGCAUAAUGCAAAGGAAACUGACACAGCAGGAGAGCAAGAACAAAGAGCUGGCUCGGGAAAUGGAAAACCUCACCAAGGAGCUGGAGAGAUACAGGCGGUUCAGCAAAAGCCUGAGGCCCGGAUUGAACGGCAGAAGGUUUUCAGACCUGCAGGUCUCCUCCAAGGAGGUGCAGACAGACCAGUCAGACAACGAACCCCCAGAUUACAAAAGCUUGGCUCCUUUGGAACGUGCUGUGGUCAAUGGUAAACUGUAUGAGGAAAGUGAUCCCGAGGAUGAUCUCAAUUACGAUGAGCAGCCUAUCACCAAAUGCAACACAUUAGUUGUUAACAAUGCCAACAACCUUAACAACAACAGAAAGGCAAGGGUGCCCUGGGUGAAAGUCAGAGAAAGUCAUCCCCCUUUGAACGGUAAAGUGACACCAAGGCAAAAUGGGAAUCGCAUGCAGCCAAGGGAUCUGGUUCUUACUCACACACCAGGUCGGCCCUUGCACAUCAAAGUGACCCCGGACCAUGGGCAAAACACAGCCGUGCUGGAGAUCAGCAGCCCUACUUCAGAGAAUGCCCACUCUUACACCAGCACUGCCGUGAUCCCCAACUGUGGAGGUGUGCCCAAGCAGAGGAUAACCAUUAUCCAGAAUGCCUCAAUCUCCCCUGCAAGAUCUAAAGCCUCUCCCACUUCCGAUGGAUACUGCACCCCUGAAAGGGCCAUCUCGCCACUCACCAUGGCAACAUACUCCAGAGCCAUAACUCCAGACUCAAGUGGCUCCAUAACCCCAGACAGGGCAAUGUCACCCAUACAAAUAGUGGCCGUCACCAAUGGUUCUUCAGAGCGAUCCCUAUCCACGGAACCAGUGGAGGUCAGUGCCGGGCACACAGUAUUCCGGGUGACACCAGAGAGACAGCACAGCUGGCAACUGCAGAGGUCAAACAGUACGAGUCCCAACAUCAUUACCGCUGAGGACAACAAAAUCCACAUCCACUUAGGGAGCCCCUAUAUUCAGGCCAUUACCAACACAUCCAAGCCCUCAAGCCUCUCCUGCCCUUCUGGUCAGGAGAACAGAACUCAAGCUUUAACAAACGGCACACCCAUUAAGCCCUCCAACAAAAUCACAAGCAGCAUCACAAUUACACCAGCAACCUCCCCGAUCCCACGGCCUUCACAAAUUACAAUCCCAGCAGAAACAUUCUGGCGCCCAGGUCCAACUAGGAUUCCUAAACCGAAGGCUUCCAGUACAACGAAACUACUGUCCAGCACAACCUGUACUGCUUUCAAAACUCAACAAGUGAUCCAGCCAGGAAAAAGCCACAUUAUAAAAACUGGACCUGGCAACCUAAAUGUCACAAACCAAAAAUUAUGAACUGUCCUUAUAUUUUAUUUGAUUCAUGUGCAGAACAGAAGUCUGUGUCAACCCUUGCCAAACGCACUCUGCUUCCCUAUUAUACUAUGGUACACUAAUAGAGCUCUCUCAAAGUUAGCUUAAGUUAAUUGAUUAGUUUUUAUCAUGAAUCUCUAAGACACUUCAUCAAAGAAAGAUGGAAUGUUAUCUGUAUUACAGUAUGUUACUGAAAUGGUUUUGGGCUCUUACCAUACCAAAUGAUAAUGAAGUUAAUGCUAAAUGAAUGGCGAUACAAUUACCAUUUGAUUGAACAGUACACAUAAGAGCCAAGGAGCUGUGCUCGGGUAUUUUUAUACAAUCCCCCCAUAUUUAAUAUGCCGUCUGCAUGUUGCCAAUAUCAGUCAUAGAUAGGAUGCUAAUCUGUACAGACCUGCACUUUGAAAGACUGCAUUAAAUAUGA